AUGGAUACCAAUAUCAAAACCUGUCUUCUCCUUCUCUUGCUCUUUCUCGACGCUUCUUCAGGCAGCAGAGUGAAGGGCUUUAGACAUGUUAUAAAUCCUGCAAAUCCACCAAGCGAGGUCAUUGGUGACAUGGAGAUGAGAGAGCUCAUUGCAGCUCAUGCUAUGUUGGACUAUGAAAAGCCAAUACCAAACCCAAGGCAUGAAAAAGGGAGGCCAGGUGGUGGUAAUUAG